AUUACGUUCGCCACCCCGCGACAUGCUCUGGUAACCGCCAGUCAAGGACGCUUUGACGGCGGACAUCCAGAAUGCCCCAAUCGCUACACACACGUGGAAGCGUCUCGCGCAGUGACCUUGACCUACGAGGCGCCCUGCAACGCUUCCGAUGGAGAUGGAGAGGCUUUCGCGCAUCAGACGUUGCCUGAACUAGCCACAGGUAAGCUGGUGCUAUUCCGGGUCACCAGCGGCUGGGGACCUACUACCACACCAGAUAGCCAGGAGGAGCAGCAGCUGUGGGGGGCCACCGCGUCGCUGCCGCUGGAUCCAAACUGCGAGGCCGACGCGUGUACCGCAAUUCGUACGGCAGUGCCGUCCGCCCGCGCUCUGCAAGCCAUGGUGCCCGUCGUGCCGCUAGGUUGGUACCACGGCAUUGCUAGUGUAGAUAACUGGAUCGGCACGCACCAGCUGGCGUUCUUCCCCACCCGCGUCACCUUUAACCAAGCCAGCGCCAAUUGCGAGGCCCUGGGCUCCCGCCUCGUCACUCAGUCGGAGUGGGCCCGAGCCGUCGACGACAUGCAUACCGGCGCACAGCUGGGGGACAUCCUGGUAGGUAUGCUGGUAGCGUUGUACAACUUUGGCGAUAAUGGCGGGCGGCCGUGGAAUGCUUGGGCCGCCAACGAUAGUGGCCGUCGUACAUGCGGUGCCGUACAGCUUGACGCAGCCACGGUGAGGGUGGUCAAGACAGCGCCGUCGGUGAACUGUACACAGACGCUGUACUACAUGUGCAGUGGGCCGUACUUUGUCCUGGAUCCGCCGCCGCCGCCGCCGCCCAGCCCGCCGCCACCGCCACCGCGGCCGCCCGUAAUCCCCAACCCAGCCGUCCGCGAGCGCUGGGACAACCGCAUCUGGACCUUCUUCAGCACCCGCGUGCCGCUACGCGACGCCGAUACACAUUGCCGUACGCUUGGCGGUGGUGCGCACGUGGCGUCGCUGGCGGAAUGGUACGACAUCUCGGCGGCGCUGGAGGUGGGCGUCGUCAACCGGCUGUACAGCUCCAUAUCCGCCGCCAUGUUCUAUUUUGGCAACUACAGCGGCCGGCCCUGGAACUUCUGGGCGUCAGGGGCCCCAGGUGCCGGACAGGGCGGCUGCGGUGCCGUACGAGUGGAUCCACUGGCGAUUGUCGUGACGCAGACCUCCGUCGCCGCCACUUGCCAGCAGAGCCUUAUGUUCCUAUGUGUGCAGCUGUCAGUGACCGUGACAAGGACGGAGCCGUUGACGCCGGCGCUACCGCCGCCGCCACGGCCACCGCCGCCGCCGCGGCCGAAGCAACCAAGUCGUCCACCGCCACCACCGCCGCCACCCCAACCGCCACCUCUGCGUAGACCUCGAUUACCUCCGCCGCCUCCGCCGCCGUCGCCACUGCCCUCACCCAAGCCGCCGCCACCGUUGCCAUCGCUGCGACCGCCAAACCUGCCGCCAUCGAAACCGGCACGCCUGCAGCCACCUUCGCCGACGGUUCUUCCAAACGCCCAACCGGCGAUACCUCCGUACCCGCCCACAAUGAUGCCCGCAGGACUGUCGCCCGCAUCUCCGCCUACCGAACCUCCACCGCUGCCGCCACCACCGCCACCACCACCGCCGCUGCCGCUGCCGCUGCCGCCGACCCCGCUGCCAUUAAACCUGUUGCCCGCACAGCCGCCAGCGAAGUUGCAGUCGCCGCCAUCACAGCCGUCACCGCCGCCUCUGACGCCGGACGGCUGCCUUCCCUCCAGCCGGGGCUACGACUGCGCCUUGGAGCUAGGGGAGGGCAUGACGCUUCAUUGGAGUCCGGCAGCCGUUAUCCCCUCACCGGCGGCCAGCUCCUUACCGCCUCCGUCACCAGCACCCGCCGCCAGCCAGUGCGCCCAAUCGUACCCGAACUCGGGAGCUGUUCGAGGGUCGUACCACAUGUUGCUGGAGGCGCCGGAUGCAGACCGACUGUCCCUGGCCUUCCUGCCCUCGGCACGGGGGGGCAAGUCACCCGGCAUUACCGCCUUCACUACCGAAGAUGGUGCCUUACGGGUUGCCACGUUCCAGGCGGGUGCCAGCCUACUGCCAGGGGCGGACGGGGUCCUACGGCUGUACAAUGCCACAAGCUCAGCUCCGUACGGACCAGGCCCCUGGCCCAUUGGGGCACCCCAGCUCCGAAACUGGACCGUCGCCUACACAGCCGUACGGAUACCACCACUCAACUCCGUUGAUGGUGGCGGCAGUAACAGCAGUAGUAACGACAGCAGCGGCGAUCGGCUUGGAAUGUGUUUCACCGCCGCAGCAUUGCCCCCGGGUGCACGUGGCCUGGAUGCUUUCAUGGCCACGCUAGUUUCAUCUGGCAAUGGUACGGCAACCGACGGAGCUGCCAUAUUGGGUAAUGCCGUUGCCGUACGACUUGGCGGCAGCGGCAGCGCAAGCACUGCCCGGCAGCUGCUGAUGCUCCGGCGCGCAGCCAGGGCGACGGGCUGUGCGUCGUCAUGUAACCAACUGGGCCUUAUGCUCGGUGCCAGCUCGCAGCCAGGCUACAACCUCACCGGGGGGGACCUGGAGGCGGCCUGGGGGGCCUUGCUACAGCAGGUGCCACCCGAGCAAGGUGGGCCCACUACCGGGGAGGUGGUGGGCGCCUGGGUCGGCUCCGCUUACACCACUGCAGGUCUGAGCCCGCCCUCGGCCAAUUGUACCUCCACCACUCUUCGCUACUACACCGGCGGACUACGAAGCACGGCUUGCUCCUUGCUGGGCUGGUGCAUGUGCUGGAACGUGCCGUGA